AAAGGGCAGCGUCAAUGGGCGUGAGGAGUCCCAGACCCGGGGUGCCUUCAGCAGUAAGGGCCAGACACGGCCCCGUGAAUAACCGCGCAACGACAGCAUGCCCUCUUGGCCCAAUCUCUCGCUGUGCCUCUCCCAUAACUGCAGCUGGGAGGAGACCCACAACGCCACAAGGAACGCUGACCUUGGCCUGCCUCCUCUUAAUUACUACUCAAUCCCUCUCCUCACUGUCAUCACCGUCGCCUGCACGCUGCUGUUUCUGAUCGGGGUGACCGGGAACGUCAUGACCAUCUUGGUAGUCAGUAAGUACCGGGACAUGCGCACUACCACUAACCUGUACCUGUGUAGCAUGGCCGUGUCAGACCUGUUCAUCUUCCUCUGUAUGCCACUGGACCUUUACCGGAUGUGGAGGUACAGGCCCUGGCGGUUUGGGGCCGCGCUCUGCAAGCUCUUUCAGUUCGUGUCAGAGUCAUGCACCUACUCCACCAUCCUGAGCAUCACUGCGCUCUCAGUGGAGCGCUACCUGGCCAUUUGUUUCCCGCUGCGUGCCAAGGCCCUGGUUACCAAAAGGCGGGUGCGCGCCCUCAUUCUGCUACUCUGGACAGUGUCUCUGCUGAGCGCCGGGCCUGUGUUUGUCAUGGUGGGAGUGGAGCGUGACAGUAUGUGGCCAGAUUACAGCUCGGGAAUGAAUGAGACUGGCUUCUCCCCGGAGGAAACGGACACCCGGGAGUGUAAGAUGACGCAUUACGCAGUGGAGUCGGGCCUGAUGGGGGCCAUGGUGUGGUUAAGCUCUGUGUUCUUCUUCAUGCCGGUCUUCUGUCUCACAGUGCUCUACAGCCUCAUAGGCCGCAGGCUGUGGCAGAGGCACAGAGAGACAAACAUCAGCUCCCGUGUGGCUCACCGGGAUAAAAGCAACAGGCAGACCAUCAAGAUGCUGGUGGUGGUGGUCCUGGCCUUCGUCCUAUGCUGGUUGCCGUUCCAUGUGGGUCGCUACCUGCAGUUCCGCUUUCUGGACGCACCGUCCCCGCUGCUGUCUGUGUUGUCCGAGUACUGCAGUUUGGUGUCCGUGGUUCUCUUCUAUCUGAGCGCCGCCAUCAACCCCAUCCUCUACAACACCAUGUCCUGGAAGUACAGGGGCGCAGCGGCGCGCCUCUUCGGCCUGACCGACAGUCAGCCUACAAGAGGCCGCACAGCCAGCACCAUGAAGGGAGACGGCUCAAACGGCUGGACGGAAUCCACAGUUAGCUUCUAAACGUAUGACUGUCAAAAAAAGUGUGGAUAUGAUUUGAAAAACUAUCAGUCAUAAGAUGAUAACACUCACCCAAAGCCAUUAUUUCUGUCAGGGCCUAGAAAAACUGUUCUGCACAUGUGAGUGCAGCACUUGCCUUUAUUCAACUGGGACAAAAAGAAACAGGAUGAGAAAAGUGCAAACCACAAAAAGCUGUAAGCCUCUAUCCACUUUGUCAACACGCAUCAAUAGAACUUCGAUUUUUGUCAAACAGUUCAUUUUCUUGUUGGAUUAUUUCAGCAAGUGCCAUCCAGUAUUCAUACAACACACUCAGCAGCAUUUCAAAAGCACCACUGGUGGAGUGGAAAACACACACACACACACACACACACACACACACACACACACACCAGCCUCAAGUGCUUGUAUUGAUCCAAAUGUGAACAACAUGGGGGCUCACACACCCGGAAUACACGCACACAUAUAAAUAUAACAGACAUUUACAAUUGCCUUAUAUUGUAUUCAUACUCUGGAUGACAAAGAAAGCACUGUAGAAUUUGUGGCACUGGUCUGCACUCCUUCAGGGAGUGGCAGCGGUGCAGUGUGUGUGUGUGUGUGUGUGUGUGUGUGUGUGAGUGUG